GUGUUCUAAGUAUAUCAACUUAUCAGUCUUUCCUCGGACGCCUAAAAUGUCUUCAAAGAUCUCGCUCAUCUCCCUCGGGCUGCUGCUGGUCGUUGCCUGCUCCAACGCACAGCUGGGAGCUCGACGAUCGUCCCAGGACCGGGUAGGAGUCCUUCGCCAGUACGACGACGGUCUCCGGGCUUCCCGUAACUUCGACGACCUGUACGACGAGCAGCGCUUCACGCAGGGUAACCGCAACCAGCAGGAACAGGAGCAGCGUCAGGAUCGUCGCGAUCGCACGGACUACGACAGCAACGACGACAGCUACAGCUACGGCUACGCAGUCCGGGAUGAGGUGUCGGGUGACAUCAAGAGCCAGCAGGAGGUGCGCAACGGUGAUCGGGUGCGUGGCCAGUACCGGACGGUGGAAUCGGACGGCACGGAGCGCAUCGUGGACUACACGGCCGAUGACUUCCGUGGCUUCAACGCGAUCGUGCGCCAUCAGCCGCCGGUUGCCAAGCGUACUCAGCUCGUGCAUACGCUUCAGCCGGCCGUCCUGCUGCGUCCAGCACACGUUGCCCAGGUUGUGUCCGCCAACAGCGCUGGCCACCGCUCGGUACCGUCGGCUACCGUCCUCCUGCAUCAUUAAAAAGCAUCAUUUCUUUCCCUUCAGCAACAUCGGAUAUAGCCAACCUGUCCUAAAGCUUGCAUACGAAAACGUUUAUUCCGAAUAAAAGAUCCCUCAAAUUGUUUCGAUCAAGA